GUUCCCUCAUCACUUCAUUGCCCAAGGUGCUGAACCACAUGCUCCCUGUUGACAAACCUCGCUAGCGCAUCCGAUAUAUCUUUUCUUGCUUUACUAUUGCGCAUUUAGGCCGUUUUUCAGGAGGAAAUGGCCAAUGACGACAGCACUUCAGGGUCCUCCUGUCUCCCCAGUGUGGCACCACUUGAGCUAGAUGCUGCCCGGGAUAAGCAAUUCAAAUGCAUCCUAGACAAGCUUUGCGAUACUGAGACGUUUAGCUCAUCGUUAUGCCCAACAAUCUUCAUUGUAUAUGCGCAUGACAAUGAACAUAAAGAACGGGCCAACAGUCACUACGUCCGUCGCCUGAUCCAGUGGCUUGGAUCCAGCGGGGCUCUUCUCUUUUCAGACAGGAGACCAGUGCUAGCAUCCACGCCUCGGGCGGGAAGGAAUACUGCUGUUCACGACAUAGUCGAGAACCAGCUCUAUCUCCUACCGUCCCGAAAUCCUCAGAUAUCCAUCAAGGCCAUGGCCACCGUAGACCGAGUUAUAGUAUGUGGCUCUGAAGUCCUUAGGGGAUACUGUACUAGCGAAUUUGCUACUACAUACAUCAGUGCCGUUGAGGCUUGCCACGAGGAUUGCACACCAGACUUCCCGCUGCGCAUGAAGAACCUCGUGGACAAACAGAGCAAUCAUGCCGAAUUUCACCAUGUGCUGACCGAGAUCGCCUUCCUUAAGAUAAGGAGUUCCCUUGGAAAACAGCUUAGCAUCAUUCCCAUCUCAUUUGAUACCCUCACAGAUGAUCGCAUGGACUAUUUGUUUUUCCUACAUGGCACCCAGCUUGUGAUACAGCCUAAGUCUCCCGGAGGAGAGGAAUCGCUGCGCAAGCUUUUCUUCAAACUCGUACUCCGACUUUACUCAUCAGAGCACAAUGAUCAGCACGAAUACAUCACGCAAUACAGUGAAUGGUACUCCAGUUUCAGCCGGCGAUUAGAAGCGGAAGCCGCAAUCAACCGAGAAAAUAUCGAAAUCAUCACGAAUGAUGAAAGAACCAAAUUUGAAAACAGUAUGGACAGAAAUCGUCUUCGCAGCCAGCGUUACAUUAGACAACAGAAGAAUAUUGCAGGUUGGGACAUUGCUGACUACAAACUGCCGCACGCGAAAAACACAGAUUUCGUUCAUCGCCCUGCCAUACACAGGAAGAUUGAAAAACUCCUUGAACGUGAAGAUCCUGAGCACAAUUUGCGCAUUGGACUUGUAGGAAUGGGUGGCUGCGGGAAGACAGAGGUUGCCCUAGAUUUGGCUUACAAAUGGCGUGGGGACUACCACGUUUUCUGGGUCGACGGGGCCAAUUUCAUGAAUGCUUAUUCCACUCUCGCCUGUUCAAUUCGCGCUGCCUCGGACCAAAUGGAUGAAUAUCGAGCCUGUCGAAGCCUCACGGACUGGUUGGAUUCUGAGGAGUCGGGAAAUUGGAGAAUGAUCAUCGACAAUCUUGACGAAUGGAAAUCUCUACCACCAGAUGUCAUCCCGAUGCACCGGGGUAUCAUACUCAUCACUUCCCGGGACAAACGCAUCGAAAACAGCCCAGUCAUACGUCUCGGCAAAAUAGUUGAGAUUGACGGAAUGUCAGAACCCGAAGCUGAGGAGUUGUUCGGGCGAUUGGUGCCGAGUGUUGCAGGAGGCCCAGAUCGAGAAUUGCUCAAGCUACUUGACUACCUGCCUCUCGCUAUCAUUCAUGCUGCAGGCUACAUUUCAAAUACUCAAGUCUCCGCUAAUACACUCCUCAAGAAGAUCCGGUAUGGACCCUCUGCGGUGACUGUAAUCAGCAACGGUCCGCCAACCACGAGGAUUUCAAAUACUCUUCCACAGCAGCACCUCGAACAAAUUUUGAACGCCUCAUUCGAAAAGAUUUGUUAG